CGUUGUUGCCGGAAGUUAAGAUGGCGGCCUUUACCGCCGAGACGGACUUGGUUACGGGCUGGUGCCUCUUCGGCCUCGCUUUACUGGUUAUCCUUGCUUUUUGCUGGGUUUAUGUCCGCAAAUACCAGAGCAGACGAGAAAGUGAAGUAAUUUCUACCAUAACAUCUAUUUUCGCUCUGGCAAUUGCACUUAUUACUUCAGCACUCUUACCAGUGGACAUUUUUCUAGUUUCUUAUGUUAAGAACCAAAAUGGAACUUUUAAGGACUGGGCUGAUGCAAAUGUUACAAGACAAAUUGAAGACACUGUAUUAUAUGCAUACUACACGCUGUAUUCCAUCAUAUUAUUCUGUGUGUUCCUAUGGAUUCCCUUUGUCUACUUCUACUAUGAGGAAAAAGAUGAAGAAGAUGGCAACACAUGCUCACAGGUUAAAACAGCAUCCAAGUAUACGCUAGGAUUCCUUCUAGUUUGUACAGUUCUUCUAUUAAUUGGUGUUCCUGCAUUUUUUCUUCAGGCUUAUGGCAUGUCAGCUUUGCCUCUAAACUUAAUAAAGGGGACAAGAAGUGCUAGCUAUGAACGCUUGGAAAACACUGAAGAUAUUGAGGAAGUUGAGCAAAGUAUACAAAGGAUUAAAUCAAAGUGUAAAGAUGGUCGGCCUUUACCAACUCGAGAUAGUCGUGCACUGCAUCAACUAGAGGACAAGCUAAGAACUCUUCAAAGGAGGGGGCGGCGUCUAGAAUACAUUGAAAAAAGUUGCUGGACAAAGUUCUGUGGAGUCAUGAAACCACUCAAAAUUAUAUGGGGAGUAAUUUUCAUCCUUGUGGCCCUGCUAUUCACAGUUUCUCUCUUCUUGUCAAAUUUGGAUAAAGCAUUACAUUCAGCUGGCAUAGAUUCUGGAUUUAUAAUCCUGGGAACUAAUUUGACCAAUCCACUGAAUAUGCUGUUACCUGUUCUACAAACUGUCUUCCCUCUUGAUUAUAUCCUCAUUAGCAUCAUCAUCAUGUACUUCAUCUUUACCUCAAUGGCAGGAAUUCGAAAUAUGGGUAUAUGGUUCUUUUGGAUAAGGCUGUACAAGAUCAGAAGGGGGAGGACACGUCCACAAGCACUUCUCUUUCUCUGCAUGAUACUUCUAUUGAUAGUUCUUCAUACCAGCUACAUGAUCUACAGUUUGGCCCCUCAGUAUGUUAUGUAUGGAAGCCAAAAGUAUCUUGCUCCGAGUAAUGUGACACUUGAUGGACAUUUGACAAAUGUGACCAUAAAUCUGUCCAAAGUCUGUGAUGCAGAUGCUCCAGAAGACCAGUGCACUGUUACUCGGACUUACCUGUUCCUUCACAAAUUCUGGUUCUUCAGUGCUGCAUAUUACUUUGGGAAUUGGGCUUUCAUUGUGGUCUUCUUAAUUGGAUUAAUAGUGUCGUGCUGCAAAGGAAAAAAGUCUGUCAUUGAAGGUGAAGUAGAUGAAGAUGAUUCAGAUACAAGUGAUGACGAGCCAUCUCUCUGUUACGGUUGACAGCCCGUAAUCCUGAAGGUUAAAGUAUGCAAUGUAAAGCUGUGAAAAUGUCACUUUAGUUUGAACUUUGUUCUUGCAAACGUUCACAUUUGCCAAUAUUAAAGCAGGGAUAAGUGAUGUAAAGCGGGAUUGGGAAUUGUUAAGCAUCUUACAAUUAAGCUACAGUGUACAUAUGUAAUCAUAAAAGAGCUAAUUUUAUGCAAGGAUGAUUAAAGAGUACUAUUUUUUGAGUAUAAGCUGUGAUCAUUUAAACUAGUUCUGUUAGGCUUGACUUUUAAAUUACUUUGCGCUUGGUCCCAUAUGACAAGGCAAAAGACAAGUAUAAUCUGAUAUGUGUAUCUUAUAAAAUUGGCCCCUGUUAGAUGAUUGUUGGCUUUGGUGAGUAACUGAAAGCACCAGGCCUGUUCAGAGAGUACGGUUCCCUCCUGUAUCGUAUGUGAGUGCAAUGACACUGGGACCAGGAACCAGGUUUACUGGCUGCCUCCCCUGUCACCUCCAGAACAUAACUGCGCUGGGAUGCUCCACACAGAACCUGGUGUUUCUGUAGUAUAGCAAGUGCCUGUAGCAAGGUUAAGGAAAUGGUGAAUUUGGGUAAAUGUGGGAUCUCCAAGUACAGCUCUUAAAUGCAUUUAGUAGGACCGAUGGAAGAGGGAGUAUCCAUGCCUCCCUUAAGCCUGUCAUUCAUGGCAGCAGGUGGGAUGGAAAAAGCAACAUUGCCUGGACACACCAACAGUAUUGACUAUACUCAGAAGAGAACUCUGUUCAACAAAGAACAAACUAAGGCACAAUUUUCAUUCUUGUAAUUUGGAGACUGUUGUGUCUCCAUUGGCUAAUUUAACUGUGUGUGGAUUUUUAAACUAUGUGGAAUGUUAAUCACUGAAGUUAGUUGUUUGAUUUUUGCUGUGUCUCAGCUUAUUAAUACCACAUACAUUGAGGUGAUUCUUUUAAGCAGCUGAAAUUAGUAUACCCUGUCAUUUUGUUUAGAGCUAUAACAAAACGGAAUGUAUAAAUAUUUAAAAUCAUGCAAAGCUUUUUUCUGUAUCAUUUUGUAAAAUAAACUCAUCAGGAUCUUGUUUCCAUGCAA